AUCUCAUGUCAUUUCUAUGUAAGUAGAAGCAGACAGAACAACAGAUUUUCUUUGUGGCCUACCCAUCGUCUAUGAAACCAAGUGCAAAUCCAAGAGAAACACUUCACCCCAGCAAUGAGCAGCACCUUCAGCAGAGACACUGCAUCCAACAAGUGCCCCUUGGCCAUGGGGCUGGAGACUAUUGCCCCCCUGGUGCAGUCUGUUGAGGAGACCCCAGAACCCAUCACCACGGUGACCAUUGGGAAAAUCCCAUGCUGGAUCCAUGGAAGCUUCUUGCGGAAUGGGCCUGGAAAGUUUGAGUUUGGCAAAGACAACUUCAACCACUGGUUCGAUGGCAUGGCCUUGAUGCACCGCUUUUACAUCCGUGACGGCGAGGUGACCUACAGCAGCCGCUUCCUGCGCAGUGACUCCUACGUGACCAAUUUACAGAAAAACCGCAUCGUGGUGUCUGAGUUUGGAACCAUUGCCAUGCCUGACCCCUGCAAGAACCUCUUUGCUCGAUUCUUUUCCCGCUUCAAGGUUCCACAAGCCACAGACAAUGCCAGUGUGAACUUUGUGAAGUACAAGGGAGACUAUUACGUUAGUACUGAGACCAACUACAUGCGGCGGGUGGAUCCACAGAGUCUAGAGACCAAGGAGAAGGUGGACUGGACUCAAUACAUAGCAGUAAACUCAGCCACAGCCCAUCCUCAUUAUGACCGGGAAGGGGCCUCAUACAAUAUGGGCAACUCCUAUGGAAGGCAGGGCUUUUUCUACAACAUUAUCCGUGUGCCUCCGCCUGAUAAGGGAGAACGGGAGGACAAGGCUGAUUUGAGUGGAGCUCAGGUCCUCUGUUCCAUCCCAGCCUCUGACUCCAGGAAACCAUCCUAUUUUCACAGCUUUGCCAUGUCAGAGAACUAUGUGGUGUUCAUAGAGCAGCCAAUAAAGCUGGACCUGCUCAAGUUUAUGAUGUUCAGGAUCCAAGGCAAGAGCUUCCACAAGGUCAUGACCUGGGAACCACAGUACGACACCAUCUUCCAUGUGGUGGAUAGACACACAGGCGAGCAAAGUAAGGUGAAGUACCGCACCCCAGCCAUGUUCACACUUCACCAGAUAAACUCCUAUGAGGACAGAGGGUUCCUUGUCAUGGAUAUGUGCUGUGGGGACAAUGGGGAAGUCAUUGGUGACUUCACACUAGAGAACCUCCGCAGGGCUCCAGGAGAGGAGAUGGACAAGUUUUAUAACUCCAUGUGCAGAAACCUUCCGCGGAGAUAUGUACUACCUCUGACAGUGACUGAUGACACACCCAGUAACCAAAACCUUGUUACCAUGCCUUUCUGUCAAGCAACUGCGGUCAAGACUGGGCGUGGAGAGGUUCUCUGUGUACACGAGGAGCUCUACGACAAAGAGCUACUCCAGUUUGGUGGUCUGGAGUUCCCACAAAUCAACUAUGCCCACUACAAUGCACUUAAGUACCGCUACUUUUAUGCAUGUGGCUUUGGACAUUUGUUCAGUGACUCCCUGCUGAAGAUGGACCUAGAGACCAAGAAACUUAAGGCAUGGCGUCAGCCUGGUCUGUUUCCUUCUGAACCAGUGUUUGUUCCUGCACCGAAUGCAACAGAGGAGGAUGAUGGUGUGGUCAUGUCUGUCAUUAUCACACCCAGAAUGGAGAAAAGCACUUUCUUGCUAGUUCUGGAUGCAAAGACCUUCACAGAGCUUGGCCGGGCUGAGGUUCCAGUCAACAUUCCAUUUGGAACUCAUGGAGUGUUCAAUGAAAUGGGCUGAAAAUGCUAAUGUCACAAUCUGCUUUCUGCUUAUGAAAUUGCUACUGUACAUCCAUGAAUUGCUCUUCUGAUGGUAGUCAGAUAACAUCUCUAACUAGUGCAGUACUCUUGGAUCCUUUCCAGUAGAGCCAUGUCCCUUUUUUUUCUUAGGGCUGAGACUCGUGCGGAUUCUUCUUUCAUUUUUUUGCUUCCUAUUUAGCGACUGGGCUGGAUUUCUAUAAUCAUCAUAAUCAUAAUAAUAAUAGUAACAAUUGAUUAAAGAAUACAUUGUA